AGCAAUCUGUGAGAAAUAUUUAGUAUAUAAAAUCCGUUAUAAUACGCCAACAAAAUAUUCAACUAAAUAUGUCAAAAGUAACGAAGAAAGUUUACGAACCCCGCUCCAACUACCCGGACCGCACAAAAUCCGAGGAGAAGUCUUUCUCUGACCUAAAUGUCCUCAUCAAGACCCUGAACACGGCUCUGCUGCUGCUCAGCUCCAAAGAGGAAUGCGUCCUGUUGAGCGUCUUCAGUCACAUCAUGGAAUUUACGCGGCGCCAGGAUGAGAAUAUUCUGGAGCUGAAGGAGCACCAAAUGCUGGAGCUGCUUCUGGAAAAGAAGAUCUUCAUUGAGGCGGAGAACGUUAUGAUCCGACGCUUCGCUUUAUAUCUCAUCACCGCUUUGCUGGACAGUACAGACAUGAACACGCUCGAUCCCGAGAAGACGGAAGGCAUUCUGGAGGUGGCUUAUGCAUUCUACUUGAAUGAAACCGACGAAUUCUGCAUCGAAUAUCUCUCGCACCUGCUGAACAUGUGUUUGCGCGAUCCCAAAGUGGCCCAGGGAAUGGUGGAGAAAGAGGAACUUCUGCAGAAGUUCAAGUCCGUUAUUGCCACCUCCGAGAAUCCCGACACCAUGUUUAACUCCAUCGAGGCCGUACACAAGAUUCUGCUGAUCCAGAGUGCCGAGGAGAUGUUGGAUUUUACGAUGCUUCCCGACUUUCCCAUCGAUCGCAUUAUCUGCGAGGUGACCAACACAUUUCAGGAGAUUCGCAUUGCGUCCCUAAAGGUAUUGAAGACCCUCCUUGUGGACACCAGUAACCAGAGCGUGUUUGAGCCGCUGCAUCGCUGCUUCUAUGUCAUCGAGCAGCUGGUCAAAGCAUUUUGCGAAAAUCCCCAGGGAUCGGAUGCGGUCGAGAUCAUUGAGGUGCUGGCUACGGCUCUCCGGUCCGAGAAGAUGACCAAGCUGUUCUUUGAGCAUAACCUCUUCGACCUUAUCGUCGAGCAUUUGAAGGACCAAAUCGAUAUCUUGUCGCUGGAGCUGCGCUGCACCAUCAUAUCCAUCUUCGCGGAAACGGCCAAGUACGUGCAGUAUCUGGCGCGGAUGCACAGUGCCGAGAUCACGGACAUGUUCCUCAGCUGUCUCAUGGAGAACGAUCCGGCACCGGCUACCUUUGUGAUCCUUGGCCUCAACCGCAUGGCUGAUCAUCCGGAGGCACUGCGUCGAAUUGUGGCCGAAUAUGAUGUCGGAGCUCUAAAGAAGCUGGUGUCCAUUAUCCAGUCCACGGAGGUGAUCAUCAAGACCAGGGAGCAGGCAGCAGAGUUUAGCAAUCGACUUCUGAUCGGAGCCUACCGCGAGACUGCCGGGCAGCUAAUGGACCUGGACAUUCCAGGCGUCCUCACGGGCACCAUUCAGCAGGGCCUGCCUACUCUCUCCAUUGAUUUGAUCCUCUCGCUUCUGGUUAUCAUCGAGAGUCUGGGCCAGAACGAGGAGUACCGAACAGUCCUGGGUGAGCAUCGUCCGCUCACCGAGCAGAUUGCUCAACUAUUGAUGCGCUCCUACGCCCAUUCUAUACUUGUGAACAACAUCUUCCGUUGCCUAUGCACCAUCGUCGAUGAGGAAGACGUGCGGGAGGUGCUGCUGGAGAACUACAUUGUGUCCUCCAUCAAGCGGGCUCUGAAGUCGCUCUCCAAUCUGGUCAAGACGGCAGUGACCAACUUUAUACUACAGACAACACGCUUCAGUGAGUUUAUCGACGCCUACAUAGAUCGCGGCAUUCUGGAAGUCCUGAUGCUGUUCCAAAAGCAUGCCUUCUGCGUGUCCACCUGGGGACCGGCCAUCGAGAGCAUCCUCUCCAAGUGCCCCACGAUGAAGUUCUGCAUUCGAAACUGCCUGACCUUCACCGAUAUCACCGCCGGCAAGGACUUUUAUGUGUCCCGUAAGAAGUUUGACGACUUCCGCACCUUCCAGGACAUUCUACGCAGCGACUGCUCCCCCCUAGAGUCCGUUCUGGUGGUCAACUUUGACCGUUUGGAGGCGGAUGAGGAGGAUCUGAUGAAAGUUCCGUCCUUCUGCAUUCCGAUAUCCGAUGGUGCCGGUGAUCAUUCCUGGUGCUACUGCAAGCGUCCUGCCGAUCCCAAUCUUCCAAAAUAUCUGGAGACCCUCAAUCAAUCCCUGACGAUACACGGUCUGGUGGAGAAUCCGGCAAAGGUGCGCAGCGCCAUCGAUUUUGAUAACGUGGCGAAGCGCAGCAAGAUCAUUGCCGAGAUCGUCGAAAAUGUGAUGAAUGAGAACCUUAAAAUUCUCGACCUCAACUCGACGGAGGAGUGUUCCCGCCACGCGGUGCGAUGCCAUCUGCAGGAGCUGCGCUUUGUCUAUCACACCAACUUCAUACCCCUUGGCAUGGUGCGCAGUGGCUGCCAGUUCGAGCGCGCCAUCCUCUUCAAGGCGCUGGCCGAUCAGAUCGGCCUUCCCUGUACUCUGGAGCGCAGCGUUGACGGCCGAAUGCUGUACAACGAGGUGCCGAUGCCGCUGAUGAUCGACCAGGACGUUCACUGCGACAAGAAGACCCUUCAGUUCAUGCCCUGGCGCAUGUUGCGCCCCACCCACGUUGUCGACCUUAUGUACAAUGUGGGGGACUUGUAUCCCAUGCAGAGUCGCCAGGCUCUGCAGUAUCUGCGUCUCUAUUGAUCAGUGAUCUUUGUUCGUUAAUCCUUUUACCAGUUUCUAUUUCCAAAUUUCCCUCUCGCAUCAUUUAUCGAAUGGGCAUGUAAUCGAGCUUAUUAAAUAGACAAAGAAUCGAUUGU